UAGCAGUUGCUAUAUAUGAUCACAACUUCAUUGGAACUAAACGAUCUCCAAAAUUUUCUAUUUGUGAAGCUCCAGAAAGAGUUCAGCAGUGACAUUGAGAUGGCCAAUUCUGCUCUUCGGGGUCUCACAGUAAAUUCAUCUUGUGGCCACUCUGAUCUUACUCAACUAUUUCGGCUCGCUGCCCAUGAAGCAAAGAAAUCACGUGCUCAAAAUCGGAUACUCCGGGUGAUACUCCUAUAUUGCAGGUCGUCAAUACCACCACAGCAUCAAUGGCCUGCUACUCAGAAGCUUUUCACUUUGGAUGUAGUUUACCUUCACGACAAGCCUGGACCUGACAAUUGUCCUCAGAAGGUGUAUGAUGCCCUUGUGGAGGCCCUUGAACUUGUCAGCGAAUAUGAGGCAUACAUAUUUGAGAGUGGUCAGGGGCUCACUCGUGUCCUCUUCCGUCAUAUCUGCACACUUCUAUCCCAUCCUCAGCAACGUUGUUGUCAAGAUGACAUUGACAUACCCAAGUCCCUCGCAAAGAAGUCACCUGUGGCUGAUCCAGCACCAGUUGAUGAAAACACCGUUGUUUCCAGCCAAUAAAUACAGAACACAAACAUUUGAAUCAUCAGACUUUCGGGGAACUGCUUCUCAUUUUCCAUCUUGUUUUCCUGUCUAGAAUGCAGCCCCCAUUUGUUGAUAACACUUUAAAGUUAAUUUUAGAGGUUUUAAUGGAUUGUAUAAACGUAUCACUGUAUCAGGAUUGCUAAGCAUUAUCUGCUUCCCUUUUUUGCCUUCUGCA